GAAACAAUUAAUUUCUUUAUUUAUUGUCUUCCGCCAAAGUGCCUUCUUGAAAACCUGACCAGAACACGGUUGUUCGUCAAUAGAUACUUUCGAAGUCAUCAUCGCCUGGAAAAUAGCCAUGUCUCUGUCGCGAAUCUUCAAGCCCGAGAUCAAAAACACUGGAGGGCGUCCAAAGAUUGUCUGGACUUCUUCAAAGAAAAGGAAAUUAGUUCGAUUGUACUUAAUGACAGACUUAAAGAUCGCCGAAAUCCAGCGACUGUUGUCAAGUGAUGGAUUCAAUCCAUGCGUUCGAAACAUUCAAACCCAGUUGAGUGAUUUACUGCCGAAUAAUAAGAAGGACUGGAGAAAGUACAGACCUUUGAACUCACUUCAGAGUCAAAUUCGUCUUCAAAUUCUCAAGGAAUGUCGGAACCGCAUGAUCUCCAAACACACGCGCCUCAAGUUAAGAUUUAGAAAGAACUGUUCAUCUUCAUUGGAUCUUACACCAGAAGCCAGUCACACAGGUUUCCACAAAGAACACGAGGCACAGUUGCUUUUGCCGGCAAGCUUGAGUCCUUCACACGACCCUUUAGGCAAUCUAGACGAAUCACCUAUAUUAAACCUUCGUACUUUCAUCAAUCCCAGGAUGAUUUCAAUUCAGAAUAACGCUGCGAAUCAUCAUCCUAACAAUCGACAUAUGCUGAUUUAUAACGGAACCAUAAUUAACGAAACGAUUGCCGCGUCAUUCUCAUUUGAAGACCAAUCGACACCACCAAUCAUCACUCUGCCACGGGAAGAGAAGUUCCAUCUCCAAGAGGAACCAGAUCACAACCCGUUCAACAGAAAAAAUAAAUCACGACGUGCACAUACUCGUCGUCUCAGUUCAGUGCUUUCUGCAACAGAUUCGGAAUUUUCAAGCUUUGGAUUUGCAAGUGGCUAUGAGCAUGAUACAUCUUCUUUAGGCAAAUUUUCGCUAACUGCAAAAGAGAGAGAUGUAUGGGAAAUGGCUAUUGAUGAAGAAGCACUUGAUUCGAUUUGCCUUCCUCCUCGUGUAUCACCUGUUGCAUCGUUACUCAACCGUCCGUGCUGUGGUCUCUCCUUACUCAACCAAGGGGUAAGAGGAAGAGGUGACAUCUGCGAGAUUUGUGGAUUUAUGGUGAUACACGAGUUUGCGCGAAACGGCAGGAUGGUUGUGAAUGAUAUAACCAGUGAAGAUUAUUUUGGAAAUACGACAUUACAUCAUGCAGCUGCUGCAGGAAACAUCGAAUUUAUCCAAAGAAUACUUUCAACCAUCAAAAGUUCAGAAAUAUUUCUCUUAAAACAUCGUAACAGUUCAGGAAAAAUGUUUCUUCAUUGCUCAGAGGAUCCUUUCGCAGUUUAUGACAGGCUCUGCAAGGAUCACUUUCCUGAACGCGUUGCAUUUCAUGAUCUUGUGGAAACCACCAAAUACGAAUACUUUAAGAAGAAAGUGUUCGACUGUCUUCGCGAACUGGGAGAGUCAUGCUCUGAAGAAGAAUUGAUGAAGGACGUCGCAAAGGAAUUUAGAUUUGGCUCCCGGUUCGUAUCAUUGAAGUUUUGUGAGUCCAGUAUCCUAGAAUCUCAAUUCGUAGAGAAUAUACAGGAAGCCGACAUAUAUUUGAGAGACUCGGAUGGUAACACGGUAUUAACGAUAGCUGCUUCACGGGGACUUAGGCAGAUUGUGAAAAAAUUGCUGACAAUGGGAGCAAACCCUAACACCAGAAACAGAGCUGGGACUAGUGUACUUGGAUACGUAGCGAAUUAUCUGGUCGCAGCUUCGAAACCAUACAACAAAACCCUGCAUACAUCAAUUCUCGUCUGCAUAUCUUGCUUGGCUGACGUCGGUGCAAAGAUGGAGCCUACAGUGUAUGACGAAUACUACAUUUCAGAAUGGCUUCCAAAGAAGGGGUUUUACCUCGAACAAUCUUCAUGCGGAAUCAAAAUGAUGGUUUUGUCACGACGACAGCGUGAUCCAGAAAUGAGAUCUGCUGAGCAACAUUCCCCCAGCGCGGGUGUUUCCCAACCACACUUUCAGAUCAGUCCAAUGAUUACAAUAUCCUUAAUGAUGCUAUCCACAAUCAUUGAAGAAGAACUCCAAUUGGUAAUAAAACCAGCAACAAGCUUAGCUCAGCAAGUCGACUCUAGGAAAGAUGAAGUAUGGUCGAGAUUCAUGUCUAUGGACGAACAUUCGCUUCCUCUUUUCAUGAUCACCAAGAGUUUAUGAAGAUAAUAGUUGAUUUUACGCUGGAUAGUUAUUUCUGAUGGGUAACCUACGAGGCGGAUUAUCUGGGGAUGACCUAUGGGUAUGGAUAAUUUGUACGCAGCUUAUAGUGUGGGGUGAAUGACUUUGCUUGAUGAAUUACUUUGUACCCUGCAUA